CCGGGCAAAAGAGCCAAAGAGUUGUGAGGUCAUGAAUGAACAUGUACUUAAAUCAGAUAGAUUGCUUCCCUUCUUCUUCAUCAUCUAUAAUCAUCAACUAAGAAAAGUCGUCUUCUUUGACUUUUCUUUGUGAGAGAUCAGAUCGAAGAUGGCGGAUGGUUUCACGGAUGAGCAGAUCCAGGAGUUUUACGAAGCCUUCUGUCUCAUCGACAAAGACUCCGAUGGAUUCAUCACGAAGGAGAAGCUGAAGAAAGUGAUGAAAUCGAUGGGGAAGAAUCCAAAAGCAGAGCAGCUUCAAGAGAUGAUGAGCGACGUCGACAUCUUCGGCAACGGUGGCAUCACCUUUGAUGAUUUCUUGUACAUAAUGGCUCAAAACACUUCUCAGGAAUCGGCAUCGGAUGAGUUAAUAGAAGUAUUCAGAGUGUUCGACAGAGACGGAGACGGUUUCAUAUCUGCACUUGAGUUGGGAGAAGGAAUGAAGGAUAUGGGGAUGAAGAUAACGGCGGAAGAGGCGGAGCAUAUGGUGCGAGAAGCUGAUCUCGACGGUGAUGGUUUUCUCUCUUUCCAUGAGUUCUCCAAAAUGAUGAUCGCUGCCUCUUAUUAGCCUUUUUUUUAUAAAAGCUAUGAUAUAAGGGUUUGUGUUUUGCACUUAUAAGUUGGUAACUACUUUCCAAUAUGUUAAAGCGAGAUCCUAUCAUGUAUUAGUAUUAUUGUAUUUUCCCAACAUGCAAUAAAAUUCUCUGUCCCAUAUCAA